AUGUUCAAGAAGCGCUUCACCACGAGCACGAGCCACAAGCUGUCUGGCGCGGACAGAAAGAAGCUCAGAAGGAGCCUUCAGAAGCGCUUCCCUGACCUCAGCGAUGAUGACUUGGAGGCCUUCAUGCCCGCCAAGGCGAGCGAGGCGGAGGUGGCCAAGAUGUCCUCGCCCAGCCGCGGGCUGGUGUACUUGUUGGACGGCGCCCCCGUGGCCUUCGAUCCCAGCGGCCGCGGGGACGCCGUGCCGACGCUGUUCGCGCUGUGGAAGCUGCCGGGCCUGUGCCCGGCGGUGACGCUCAAGCACUGGCAGGUGUCCAAGUUUGUGCUGGAUGGGGCAGACUUGAUGCUGCCCGGCGUUGAGGUGCCCGCGGGUGGCUUCAGCCGUCAGUUUGCGGAGGGUGGCCUGGUGGCCGUGGUUGCACCAGGAAACCCAGCUGUGCUGGCGAUCGGUGUCGCAGCAAUGAACAGCAGGGAGGCUGCCUCCAGAGCCGGUGGCAAAGGCAGGCUGGUGGAGAUCCUCCACUCCUUCGGCGACCUCCUGUGGGCAAGCCACCCUGAACAGCCCGUCCCCAACCCGGGCUUCACUCUUGGAAUGAUCCUGCCCGUAGAGGAGGUGCCAUCUACAGAAAUUGGCCCCGAUGCUGCUGAAGAGUUGAACAUGGAUGGCAUGACACAGGACAGUGCUGCCGCUGCUGCCAGCGAACCCAUGAGUCUCACAGGAACUGGCCAGGAGGGUGAGGCAGAGUGCAGACCUGAGACUGGGCUGGAAGAAGCAGAGGGCCCAGCCAAGGUCCCUGAGGAUGCAGUCGUCGAUGAGGAUCUGCCAGGCACGUCCACGAGUGCAGAGGAGAUGGAUGAGCUGCUUGAGAGGUGCUUGCUGCAAGUGCUGCAGGGGCACCUUGGGGAUGGUGACCUGCCAAUUGCUGUUGGGGACCUCUGGCUGCACUACAUGGUGCCGAACAGGCCUCCAGGCAGCCAGCUGGAAGUGAAGAAGAGCAGCCACAAGAAGAUGCUGAAGUUCCUUCAGGCCUAUGGAAAGAAUGGGUCUCGGGCAAAGGGACUUCUCAUCCUGAAGGAAGACAAAGCCUCGAAGGAACAGAUGCUGGUGCAGGUCAACCGCUCCCAUGCACUGUACGCACAAUACACUCCAUACCGCGUGGCAAAGGUGGAGAGCGCGCCGCAGGACGAUCAGGCGGGCCCCAGCAAAGGGGGGUGCGAGGCGUCAGACCUGACUGUUGAAGAGCUGUUCAAACCAUCCAGGGAGCUGCAGCCCAUCUUCAAGGCAGUGGAGCGUCCGAUCGAUGGCUUGUAUGAUGCUAAGGAAGCAGGGGACGUGGCAUUUGACUAUGUCAAGUUGGCGGAUUUAGACAAAGGCGUGCCGGACAACAAGUACAUUGUGCUGGACCCCCACCUCUGCGACGCCCUGUUCAAGGGACUGAUCAAGAAGGGCGAAAGGUUCCCCACUCACCUGGCGAAAGCUGAGCUGAGAGGAGCCUUCAUGCACCGCAUGCUGCCUCAGUACAGAGUCACGAGGCAAGGCACCCAGGUUGUGAAGAAAGGGGCCGUCCCCAAGAUUAAAAUCUCCGAGGCCAAGCGCAUGGGCAACAAGCGGGUCACGCGAGUGGCCGGCAUAGAGACGUUCCUGAUCACGCCUGAGGAUGUGGCUGCGGAGUGCCAGAAGAAAUUCGCUUGCUCUACGUCCAUCGACGACCUGCCGGGCAAGGGCCCACGGGGCAAGGAGGUGACCGUGCAGGGGCACGUGGUGGACGAAUUGGCGGCGUACCUUCUCAAGGAGAAGGGUGUCCCCAAGAGGUAUGUGGAGAUCAAGAGGCUGUGA